AUGGACAGUCCCCAGCAGUUAAAUUUUCACGUGUCUAUCCGAAAGGGAUUUUCUAUUCCUGCUCUGCAAAAAUGCAACACUUGCUGUUCUCCAGGAAAAUUUCAUUGUCCGUUUUGUUCACCUGAAAUUUUCAAACCCACAAACCGCCCCAGUCUUAGGAUCCACUUGGACAGCCAUCGAAGGGAAGCCUUUGAAACUGGAAAAUACACCUUCCACAGGUGUAGACUCCAGUGCAGAAGUCAGGCGCAUUACCACUGUUUGUACUGCAAAGCUACAGUGAUAAGAAAGAAAACUUUCCACAGUCAUCUGGAUGUGAACGGUAACGGCAUAACUAUCGUCUCAGAUUCAGAGGGCCAAAACAGCCACGGAGCCAGCGGCGGCCAUUCUGUGUCUCACAGUUUCACCAGAUCAGGCAAAUGUGACACUGGGAGGAAAAUGAAGAGGAGUACAGAGACAGACUCCUCUAAAUGUCACAAAGGUGUACAGACAGACACUCCAAAACCACAAGACUGCGAUGAGUAUUACUUUAUGACCCUCACGAAAGUGUUUAAGAAGUUGGCUCCUCAGAAAAAGGCAGGGGUCAGGAUGAAAAUCGAAUAUCUUCUUCUCGAAGCUCUGUUUACAUAGAGAAGGGCAUACCGUCUUAUAUAUAAAUACAGAUUUAUGUUUUUUGAUUGCACAUGAAUUACUCAAAGAAGUGGAAGUGAUAUGUUUUCUUUUUCACUGUGGACAAAGCCUUGAGUGUUUUGUGUCUUUGUGCCAGGCUACUGCAUCUCAAAUGCAAACGUACAACAAUCAUUUCAAACAUUUCAGUAUUUAAUAUAAAUGUGUGCG